AUGCUCUCCCGCGUCGCCCACAGAAAACAUGCCCUUUACAGGCUACAACGGGCCCAUGAACCCCUAGUACUACCUUGGCUAUGUCCGGCGCUUUUGCGAUCUCAGUUGACGACAAAAUGCGGUCCAAUUCGCCCUAUUGCGAAGCAAAAUGUGGCCUCAGCCAUCAGCCAUCCGACCUCCCGCUCUCUCGCGACGGUGAGAUGGGGAGCUAUGGAUGACCAUCAUUCUACCUAUAUUCCGUUCGAAGGCCUCGAUGCAUACAAGCCUGUCAAAGAACCGGAUACGCUACCCCCUCAAUUCACUUCUCGGCCUCCUCUAUCGGACCCGUCAGAUCCGGUAGAUCGAGACGCUUCGUCUGUCAUCAUCCUCAACCCCCUUCUAUCUUCAAAACCGACUUCCUUACGAAAGAUAAAGAGCAUUGGCGGUGAUCUUGACGAGAUGCUCAUCAAUCUUGAUGUCAGUUUAUCGGCUGGGAUGUUUAAGCGUGCUAGUCUUCUUCUUCGCCGUCUUGCUGCCGCAUACCCUCAGGGAUCCCCAGAACUGCUCGACCUACACAAUAAAUAUCUACGGUCUAUGAUAACUUACAUGAUCGUUAAUCGGCAGCCAGACCUUGUAUGGUAUGCCCAAAGGUGGUAUGAGGUGGAUAUGGGUCUGCUAUCUGUCAAGCCUGACGCCAUCACCCUUGCGUGGAUGCUGCGUAUGAGUUUGAGAAUGCUAGCCGGCCCGAAACGUGAAAGAACAGUCCGAAGAUACUGGCAAUCUGCAGUAUCGAGGGAUAUCCAUGAGGAUAUUCUUCAGUCGUCAAUUUUACCCGAAUCAGAACUUGGUUUACUUUCUGAGAUCUGCUUCCAUGUAUCGGAACCUUCUGAAGGUGCUGUUGAGCCCGAUUUGGCUGGCCCAGAUAGGGAGCUAGAUUUGAAACCUAAAGUUACCGACGAAUCCGUUCUGCCACCGAAUGAAAUUAUGAACACUGAUCAAAAGGGAUUGGGCCUCGACUCUCUGAAAGAAUCUCUAUCACUGUUUAACCCCUCAACCGAGUUCACUCCAAAGAAACUUUGGGGCCGAACACCUGAAGAAAGAGAACAGAACAAGAAGCGCCUGAGACAAGAGCAACUUGAGAAAGACUCUCUAACAUCAGCAAUUGAACGGUGGAGGAAAGAAAGCGAGGGUGCCAUUGGACAACGGCGUCAAGUGGAAGCAAAACUGAAUGCAUUCAUGUAUGAAUGGUAUCAGGGUGUCCUUGGUAAAAUCAAAGAGGAAUUGGAUCUGGCUAAACGAUCGGAGUCAAAAAAGAAACUCACCUCAGAGGAAAGCGAACGAUGUGAAUACAUUCCGUUUCUACUGGCUGUUGGCCCAAGUAAGCUUGCGGCAGUCACUAUUCUCUCUGUUCUAGGAUCUAUUGGAAGCUCCGGGAUGGACAAAGGCAUUAAACUGAGCUCCCUUUUCACCAACAUCGGCCGUGCUGUCAAGGACGAAUACAUUGUCGAAACUACCCGUCGGUCAGCUAUUGAGGAGGCUCAGAAUGAAAAUGAGGUUUACUAUCUAAACAAGACAUUCCGCCAGAUGAAAGUAUACAAUACGACUGGAAAAUUCAGAUCCUACAUGCAGAAGCACACCAAAGAUCAACCCCCCGUCCAUUGGCCUGCUUCCACAGAAAUCAAGAUUGGCGCGCUUUUAUCCUCGAUGCUGUUUUCCACCGCUGAAAUACCCACCUCUCACAAAGAUCCCGUAGCCGAAACAGUCACGUAUGCAAUGGAGCCUGCAUUCCAACACGUUUACCAAUUGCAAAAGGGCCAUAACGUCGGAUACGUUCAACUGCACGAAAAGGUGGUGGAAAGGCUGCGAAAGGAGCCAUCCGGAAAUCUACUAGCAAAACACCUUCCUAUGGUUUCGACUCCACGACCAUGGGUAUCAAACACUCAAGGCGGAUUUUUGACCCAGCCAACCCAAGUUGUCCGUACUCGACAUGAUGAUGCUCAAAGUCAAUAUCUUCAAGCUGCUUCGGAUCGAGGAGACCUCGAUGAACUUUACAAAGGUCUAACUAUUCUCGGAAAGACAGGCUGGAAAAUCAACCGUCCGGUGUUUGAUGUGAUGCUUGAGGCCUGGAACUCUGGAGAGGAGGUGGCCAACAUUGUUGCUGCCAAUCUCAAUCUUCCAGAGCUUGAAAAGCCGGACGCGGAGGACCGCGAAGCUAUAAAGACUUACUAUCGUGCAAAGACCCGAGCUGAUAACAAAAAGAUGGGUAACCACUCCCAGCGUUGUUACCUGAAUUUCCAAAUGGAGAUUGCACGAGCAUACCUCAACGAGUCGUUUUAUCUCCCUCAUAACAUGGAUUUCCGUGGGCGAGCUUACCCGCUCCCUCCUUACUUCAACCAGAUGGGGGCAGACAACUGUCGUGGACUUCUCCUUUUCAGUGAGGGACGGGUACUCGGCGAAAGCGGACUAAGGUGGUUGAGAAUUCAUCUUUCAAACGUCUUCGGAUAUGACAAGGCGAGUUUCCAAGAAAGAGAGCAAUUUUCCAUUGACCAUGUUGAAGAAAUUCUUGAUUCUGCAAACAACGGUUUAAAGGGUAAGAGAUGGUGGCUAAAGGCUGCCGACCCUUUCCAGUGUUUAGCCGCCUGCGUGGAAUUGAAGAAUGCUCUCAGUCUGCCCGAUCCAACACAAUAUGUUUCUCAUCUUCCUGUGCACCAGGAUGGUUCUUGCAACGGCUUGCAACACUAUGCUGCGCUUGGUGGUGAUGCAAUUGGUGCUCGACAAGUGAAUCUUGAGCCUGGUGAUCGCCCUUCAGAUAUCUACACUGCAGUCGCUGAGCACGUCAAGGCUUCAAUUGCCAACGACGCCAAAGCUGGGGACCCCAUUGCAAAGCUGAUGGAUGGUAAGAUUACACGAAAGGUUGUAAAACAAACUGUCAUGACAAACGUUUACGGAGUCACUUUCAUUGGCGCCACGAGACAAGUCCGACGACAAAUUGAAGACCACUACCCUGAACUGGCGGAGUCUGAUGAGAUUUCCAAAUGCGCAGUCCAUGUUUCCAGAGCAAUCUUUUCCGCUUUGAACUCCAUGUUUAGCGGAGCACACGAUAUCCAGUUCUGGCUCGGAGACUGUGCUAACCGAGUCACCCGCUCCCUCAAUCCUAGCCAGAUCGAGGAGAUCCGUAAGGAACUUGAGGCGCCAUCCAAAACCGAUUUGUCGAAGAAAUUGAAAUUUAACAACUCUGUUAUUUGGACCACGCCAUUAAAACUACCGGUUGUUCAGCCAUAUAGAGAGGCGAAAGCGCGUCAGAUCCCCACUAGCCUGCAGCUUUGCACGAUCAAAGACGUUCGUGGCGCAAACGAGGUUAACCGUCGAAAGCAACUUCAGGCAUUCCCACCGAACUUCAUCCACUCCCUAGAUGCCACACACAUGAUGCUCUCUGCCAUCAAAUGUGACGAGCUCGGCCUUAACUUCUCUGCUGUCCAUGAUUCCUUCUGGACUCACGCUGGUGACAUUGACAAGAUGAACCGUGUUCUGCGUGAUGCAUUCGUCCGCAUGCAUUCCGACGAUAUUGUGGGUAGAUUGGCCGCAGAAUUCGAUGCAAGAUACUCGAACAACCUUUACCUUGCUCAACUCCGGCCCAACACCGUUCUAGCCAAAAAGAUCAAAGCCCUCCGUGCGGCCAAGGGGCGGUCAGGAAAGCAGGACAAAGUUUACGAACUUUUGGACGAGUACAAACGCAUUGAGCUGCUCAAAUCAGAGGACCCUGCUGAGCAAGAGAAAGGCCGAAACAUGAUCACUCCUGGAAGUCUAUUUGCUGCAACUGAAGGAGCUGAUGAAACCCUGGUGUCCGUUCAAUCUCUUGGUGUUGCUGGUAUGGGCCAUGUCCCUCCCCCAGAGGAGCAGAAAGCACUAGAGGACGCAAUGACAGCUGAGGGUAGCUCAUCACCAGUUGACACGGUACCAGAAACACCCGAAAUGAAGGAGCUCCAGGAAUGCGAGGCGGAUGCAGAAUUGGCCACGAAAUCGAAGAAAAAGUCCAAAGCGCAAGCUACUUCUGUCUGGGUCUGGCUGCCCUUAACAUUCCGUGAAGUCCCUCAGAAGGGUGAAUUCGACGUUCGUCGCCUCAAAGAAAGUCAAUACUUCUUCUCCUAA